AGGUGGGCGCCUGCUCCCCUUUCGGACAGCCCUAACCACACACUAAGUAGCCAUCUCCGAUCCUGAUUCUCUCCUCAUCGCCCUCAAGUCCUCUGUCUUCUGCACCUCACCUCCCUCCAGCUCUCUUCUCCACCCUCUGAGGCAGCCAUGCCUCCCAUUCCUCGGGGACCUGUAUGGGACGGCCCGCCGCAGCAGAACGUCAACAUACGGCAGCAGCGCCAGCAACUGCCCCAACAGCAGCAGCAGCAGCCGAUUCCCGGUCUCGGCAUCGGUCCCACCGUUUCGCACAUGCAGAUUCCGCAGCAGCAUCAGCAUCAGCAUCAGCAGCAGCAGCAACAACAGCAGCAGAAUCAGCAGCAGCAGCAACAGCAGCCGCAGCAACAGUUCCAGCUUCCGGGCUCAAAGAUCAGCGGCUACUACCCUUCUCCCGUGAUUGUCCAAACUCAGACCUCACCUGCGCAGACACAGCAGCAUCAGCAGCAACAGCAACAACAACAACAGCAGCAAGCAGCAGCUCUCCUCUCUCUUCACGCUGGGCAGAAAGCACGUCCAUGUGACUCUUGUCGGAAGCGCAAAUCGCGCUGCUUCAUACCCCCCAACGAUGAUUCGUGUGUGCUUUGUCGCUUUCGAAAACAGAGCUGUACCUUUGUCGAGGGUCCCAAACCGCGGCGCAAGCGAGAUGCAAUCCAGGACUCCUCUUCCACCUCUUCCGUUCCCAACAAGAUCAGCCGUACUGAUGACUCUCCACCCUCUGCUUCGUCAGCGUCGGCUUCGGUAGCCACCACAUCAGCGAGGUCAUCAGCCGUCGCCUCGUCAUCGCACCAAGCUACCGCCCCGUCUUUCCCUGGAUCCGCUCCAGAAAACCAACCAGCGAUCCGCGAUACUCUUCCGAUAGAUGACUACUCGACUUUCCGCGGCCACUCCCUCCUCAAAAAGACUCUCGGCCUCAAUACUCGCGGCUCAACCUAUGUUGGCUCAUCAUCCGUGCUCGACUACGGAUUUCUCGGCCACAUCCCCUUUGAUCGCCGCGAUGAAGCCGAACUGUCUUCCGGAACUCUUCUGCGAAAAGUCGCGCCGGACGCGGUUUUCAGACUAGAGUACGACCGAUCCAACCUGGAGACCCAAGCUGAAAUCAUGAAAACCGUCGAUGAUGUUGAGCGCAUAGUCGCUCCUCAUGGCCAGGCCUUGCUCGAUCUCUACUUUCGCAUUGUGCACCCGUCUUUCCCGGUUCUUCACAAGAAAGUCUUUUUGGAGAAGUACUCGCGCACCCAUCGCGAGCUCUCACCUCCACUUCUAGCCGCCGUCUACUGUCUAGCGCUUAAUUGGUGGUCUUACGAUCCAGAGCUGGCUCAGCUGCCCAAACCUGACGCUGACAAACUGGCAAAGCUCGCCCACAAAUCAUUCUCCGAAGUGCUCAUGAUGCCCAAGAUCUCAACUGUGCAAGCUGGCUUGCUCCUCCUCCAGCGUCGGCAAGACAGCGCGUCUGACUGGCCUUUGUGCUCACACGUCGUUUCCCUUGCAGAAGAGCUCGGUCUUGGACUUGACUGCGAACGGUGGCGCAUCCCCAAAUGGGAGCGGGGACUCCGGCGCCGUCUCGCGUGGGCUGUGUGGCUCCAAGACAAAUGGCACGCUUUGACGCAGUCGCGGCCGUCACAUAUCGAUCGUCGCAACUGGAUCGUGAAGAACGUCACAUCCGAUGAUUUCCCAGAGACUGCCGCAGACGAGUCCGACCAGGACGGCUCCGCAGAGGUCGAAAACGGCCGUCGACUGUUUCAGGAAAUGAUUUCGCUCUCGGGUAUAGUCCACGAGGUGCUAUCUACCUUUUUCACAGUCUCUGCCGAGCGCGAACUGCGCGAUAUCAACGACAUUCUGGAAAAAGCCAAGCCUAUCCAGAUCAGGUUGAAGGACUGGUACCAGUCCUUACCCGAGAGUCUGCGAAUGAACAGCCAGCCUAAGAUCCGACGUCUUUCAUCCAAUGGCUCGCUCCACGUCGCCUACUUCGCAACCGAAAUAACGCUGCACCGCCGAAUCAUCCACGCCAUCACCCCCUCUACUCCCGCGGAGAUUGUACGCGUGUGCAGACAAGCUGCUCGCGUGCGCUUACAAGCCGCAAUGGACUUUGUCAAAAAUCUCAAGCCUGAGCAUAUCCAAGCAUUCUGGUACUCUUCUUCCGCCACCAGCUUUGCUAUCGUCGGCACUUUUGCCGCGUUGCUCCACGUGACGGCUGUAGAUGACGAGGAGCGAAAUUUCUACAAGUCUUGUUUGGAUGAGUAUCGCUGGAGUCUUCGUGUUUCUAGUCGCGGGUUCGAACAGAUGGCGCAGGCGCUGCAGAAGCUGGAUCUUGCGAUUAGUCGGAUCCCGACGUUUGAGAUCGAGAAGCGAGGCUCGGUUAGUAAAUUUGAGCCUGCAGCAGACGGCGAAGCCACGAACGAGGAAGAUGAAGAGGACGAUGACGAAGAGGACGAAAGUGCUCGGUCUAGCGCGGCUCCGCAGGCCAAUCAGUCUGCUGAGAACAACGACGAAGAAGGCGAAGGUCCGUUUGAAGAGGACGAGCUGUACAAUAUCUCGGCGAUGCAGUAUUGGAGCGACAUGUCCUUUUCAGUUGGCCAAGCUGAUUUGGGACAUCGCAAUAAUGCUAAUAACAGCAAUAACGCUGAUUCGGCCCGUACAAUCUCUUCGAGCGAUCUUCGCGCUUUAUCGGCCAGUGGAUCUGCUCACUCGUCCCCUGAACAGCAGAUCAAUCAUUUCCUAGAGCAGCAGCAGCAGCAGCAGCAACAACAACAACAACAACAACAGCAGCAACAACAACGGCAGCAACAGGCACAAGCGGUACCAUCGUCAGGUCCAUCCCAUGACUGGAUAUAUCAAUGGUCCUCGGGCACUCAAUUGAGUGCGGAUCCGACUACUGCGGACGACACUCGCUUGACCUCCGUCAAAUCCGAACUCGAAGAGUCCUUCAUUCUUUGAUUUGCUGAUUUCUCUUCCUUCUUUCCAAUUACUUUGAUCAUUUCAGAAUCUUAGAGUACACCCCCGUUCUACACAAGAGGUUGUUUUUUCCAUCCAUCUAUUUUAAUCUGUUUGUAACCACCCCUCAUUCUCGCUUUGCUUUUUUAUAAAGGUGUUGGUGUUUUCUGCUUAUUUUCUUUCUUUCUUUCUAUUACAUGUACUUUUCUACUUUAAUUUUUUAUUACUUCGGGAGGCGCUUUUUCUCUUAUCCUUAUAUUUUCCUCUUGUUGGUUUUGUAGACAUAUACAUACAUUCUUUGGAGAUUUACUGUCGACGCAUAUAAUCUAUCGAUACAAUCCAGGCUCUUCUAUAACCGUACGCAGUAUUUAAUUUUUAGUAACGUAGUGGAAAGG